AUGUUUUGUUUGGGUAUUUAUCUAAUUAUUCGAUCGCGCUCGCUUCCAGAAUCCCUAACAUUUUCAGCUUACGCUUCUGCAAGUUUCGACACAGGGGUACCCACCAACACCAUGGCCAAAACCAUGAUGCGCAAGGGCCCGGAAUGGGUAGUUCCUCUGGAGUACUCGAACAGUCCAAUUGUUCAAGAAUUGGCGGAAUCUUGUGAGGAGCGCCCGAAGCCGCCAUCGAUCACUCAUUAUGCUGGUAUUCUCACCAUGCAGCCGUCGCCGUCAAAAACACCAUCUCAUCCUGACAGAAAAGUAACACUCCUGGAGAGAAUAGUGCGCAGUCAUCCAAUAUGGUACUUGCAACAUCUUGGUCGUCCGGCUGCAACUCAUCUGUUGAGGCAGAUGGAACCAGGCAAUUUCAUCGUCCGGGCGUCUUCGAGACCAGGUUGCAUGGCCAUAUCAGUGAGACUGUCAAAUGAGCACGAAACAUUAAUCGAUCAUUACAUUGUGCAGUAUGGCACCAGAGGAAGCGUUAUUCGGUUAGAGAGUAGCCCUUACUCGUUUCGUUCAUUACCACUACUAAUUGAGCACUACUGUCUACACCCGGAAGAGCUACAGGUCUGCCUCUGUCUUCCGUAUGCUGUUUUAGCGUGUCAAACAGCGAAGGAACUUCAAUCGUUAGCUCUGUUGGGGCAAGGUAAGAGCGUUUACAUAGUUUAG